AUGAGCCGGAACGAAGCGAACAAGAAUACACCGAGUAAAUGGCUUUCUUUGUCCCUAUUAGACGCAUCAGGAUCUUCUACCCCGUUGUUAUCCCAUAUAGAUUAUUUAGAUUGUCAUGAUAGACCGGCCAUCCACAGCUACCUCGGUUAGGGGGUAGCCAUUUCACCGGUAUCAAUAAAUUCAUCAUUAUCUGUAAGUACCUACCCAGCAAAUUCUACUGACUUCCUAAUUUGUACCUUAAUGAAAUAUUUAAUAUCAAUAUGAAUCAUAAUAUGUGAUGGAAUACCUGAGUCCUACCUACAAACUACAUAUUAGGUUAAGACCGUCGUUGUGGCUGUGCAAGCUGAGCACCUUACAUACCUACCUAGUAGGUAGCUGAGUCGUCCACUGGUAGAGAGCUGGUAGAUAGAGAGGGAGAACGGUCUUCCAGUUUACUUCGUCACACCGAGAUCCGCCACCUCUCCAUCUAGAACCCCUUCAAUGUUACCUGCCAUUCCACUCACCACCAAGCACCUAUUAAUGCCCAAUGCUACAACGGGUUCGCAUUUUAUCAACUCGAUGCCGAAAUCCUCUUUACCCACCAGAGCCUGAUUGAUAGCUUACUACCCUAGGCAGUCAUGGAAGCGCUUCCGUCAUACGAACAAGCCAUCACCCAUCCCGACUGGCUGCAUCUGGUCGCCCCAUACGUCCCGGUGGUAGAUUGGCCCCGAUGCUGUCUGGUCGAUCACCGGUUUUACCUUCAGUUCGCACCCCGUCUCUGGCAAGAUCCAUUAGUAAAUAUAAGACGUCUUGGGUUGCAUCCAAAUGACGACUUGGCUUGGUAUCGCCGUUUUAUGAGCAGGCAUGUCAAAUCCGUGAGGCCCAGGACGCGCGCCUACGUGCGCUCGCUGGAUUUCCGGGACUUUGCUCUCCGUGCAUCUGGGCUCUACUCCUCCGAAGCGAGCGAGCGAGCCAUAUCAGAGAGUUUCAAGCACCUGCCUGAGAUCUUCCCAGGUCUCAUAUGCCUACUGGUCGAUGGCCAUCCAGAGCUGGACCCGGGGUCUCUAGCCUCGGCCCCUCAGACAUCGCAGUCCCUGCAGCUGCUCGACCUGGCGUGCUGCCGGCACGAGCUCACGCCCAAGAUAUUUGGAUCCAGCUUCUUCAGGGACCUAGUCUACUUGGACAUAUCCUUUAUCCCCGGCUCCGUCAAAACCGCCAUCCAGCACUCGCUUAACCCCCAAACGCUACCAGAACUCCGCGUAUUAAAGGCCAGGGGCCGAGAAGUAGACAACGCGACAGCGAGUCUGCUCUUCCAGACUUUCGGCCGCCAGCUAUGGAGCAUCGACCUGAGCCACAAUAAACUCAGCGACGAUGUCCUCGCCGACAUAGUCGAGCACAGCAUCUCGCGCUUCACCUUCCACACCGACGCGCACUUCGCGACGGAGGGAAGGCUCAUCUCCCCCAAGAAUGUCGGCACUCGCGAAUACGGGCCCUUCGAAUUCAUAGCAGAGCCUCUCGGACCGCACAACGCAUUGGAGAAAUACCUCGCGGACUCGCCGUCCUACUCGCAGCGAGCAGGCCAGCCCGGCCCCCCGCAGGAAUACGAAGCCGUCCGCCCAGACGGCCUCGGCCCCCUCCGCCACGACGACGCGCCCACCGCAAAGAAGGACCUCCUCCUCUCCGAGGCGCUCCCACAAAGCGCCGGCCUCGGCUACGGCGGCCUGACGCACUUACACCUCAACGGAAACCGCUUCACCGUCUCCGGAAUCGAGCGGCUCCUCCGCACAUCCCGCGGCCGCCUCGAACACCUCGAAUGCGACACUAUCCUCUGCACGCCCGCGCACGCGGCCAACCUCAAACGCAUAAAGAUGUUCGGCCUCCCCUCCUCCGCGCCCCUCCUCCGCCCCCUCGUCUCCUCCGCCCUGCGCUCCCUCCGCGCCCACCACUCCCUCGUGACCCAGGUCCCCGCCCUCUCCAUCGCCGGCGUGUCCCGCGUCGCCGCCGCGCGCCUCUCGGAGGGAAUGGUGUGCGCGAGCAUCCGCCGCGCGUACCCGCUGCCCUUCGAGCCGGACACGAACCCGCGCCUCGCGUCGCUGACGCUGACGGGCAUACCCGCGCGCUCGGCGGGGGCGGUGAUAGAGGGGCUGGUGAGGUUUUUGGGGAUGGCGGCGGUGCAGCGGGAGAGGGUUAGGGGGGCGAGGGGAGGGGUGGUUGGGGGGAGGGGGGCGGCGGUGCUGGGGGGGCUGAGGCAUGUGAGGCUGGAGGUGGAGAGGGAUUUUUUUGACGGUGGUGGUGGUGGUGAUGAUUUGGAUGCGAGCUCGAUGGGUGGAGAUGAUGAUGAUGAUGUGGAUUACGAUCGGUUGCUUGAUCCGGGGGGAAGUGAUUUCGGCCAAGCUACCGGGAGUCUUUUUUCUUCAAACGGGGACGAUGGCGGUGAUGGGGCUUUUGGGAUCACGUCGAGGAUGAGGAUAAGUACGAGUACGAGUACCAGCACCAACGCCAACUCCUUGGGCUACAAACACCUAGCUAGCGAGCACACGCAGGUAGGAUCACACACGCAACCACCCCUCCCAUCCUCAUCGCCCUUCCUCUCGUCCUCGGCCUCACUCUCCACACCAACAUACACAACCCACACCAUCCCCCCUUCCUCCUCACUAUCGGGCAACCUCUUCUCCAUACCCGUCUACACCGGCCCCUCGUCCCCCCUACCCCCCUCAUCCACCACCAACACCGCCGCAAUCAACGAAUACGCAUGGAACCUCCACCAAGACCCUUCUCUCCGCACCACCAUCAUCCCCGCAACACCGAACCACGUAGCGGCGGGCGUGCCGCCGCUGUCGUUCGUGUAUCACGAUGCGUGGGAUGCGAUGGUCUUGCCUUCUUCUUCGGCACUGAAAAGUUGUGGGGUAGGGGGAAGGGGCAGUAGGAAGGGGUUUAGGGACGUGGCGAUGGCGAUUAAGGAGUUUCGGAUGCAGACGAGGGGCACGAGGGAGCAUUGGGAUGGGAGACUGGAGCUGGUGAGGAUGGGGUAGGCUAUGAAUCUCUGCUUGCACGACCGUGAGGGGGGUGGGAAAGCCUGGUGGACUGUCUUGUUUCUUGUUGUUUUAAGCACCAAAGGUUCUUUUAUUAGCUUAUAGUUGGAUUUAUAAAUACCCCUGAAAGCAUCCAAUGCAUGUCUAGAUAAUACAAUUAAGUAUACCUAGAUUC